AUGGGUGGCGGAGGCGGCGGUCAUGGACAUGGAAUGCCUCACACAAUUCCCGACUGGAAAAGUUAUAAAGUGGAAGGUAUCCCCGAUCUCGAGCUUUUGCAGAAGAGACUUAAGCCGUUGGGCCUGAAGGAUCCCUGGAUCAGAAAUGAAGUGUGGCGCUACCAAGAAGCAGGUGUGGGCUACCAGAGCAUGCUGCGUAAAGGAUUGCGUGGGACAUUUCGAGGACUGGGUUAUGCCAUAGUGGCAAUGGCACUAACUAUUGCAUAUGAUAAAGUUGUCAACAAGGGAAAGGAUAGCCAUGGGCACCACUAG